GGGGGGACGAGAAACAUGGCCUCUGUGGCUGCAGCUUGCAGCGUUCUAGUAAGGAAAAAAUUGACACACGUCUUAAAGACUGCUGUUCGUUUCACACAUCCGGGGACUCACACGGUGUUGUGGAGAAGUUAUUCACAGUAUCAACAGAUAACAAGCAAUGAGGACAUGCCCAUUCCAAUGGAAAACCCUUAUAAGGAGCCUCUUAAAAAAUGUAUCUUGUGUGGAAAACGUGUAGAUUAUAAGAAUGUACAGCUUUUGUCCCAGUUUAUUUCUCCAUUUACUGGAUGCAUUUAUGGAAGGCACAUAACAGGUCUUUGUGGGAAGAAACAAAAGGAAAUCACAAAGGCAAUUAAGAGAGCUCAAAUAAUGGGAUUUAUGCCAGUUACAUACAAGGAUCCUGCAUAUCUCAAAGACCCUAAAGUUUGUAAUAUCAAAUAUAGGGAGUAACUUAUGUUAUAACCAAUAAACUUAUUUUACAUGAA